AUGAACCACUUCCCAGUGGCCUGGGGCAGAGUAAGAGCUCCCUUGCAAACAUCACAUGCUAGUACACUACAAGACCUCUAACCACAAUCAUCACACAGCCCCGCGACGACGUCUACGGCCGCUACGAUACCUCCUACCUUCCGCAGUCGCACGGCGGCACCCAACAACCCAUCUCACACACCCAGUCGCCCAUCGUCACCGGUACCUCCGUCAUCGCCAUCAAGUUCAAGUCUGGCGUCGUCAUUGCUGCAGAUAACCUGGCCUCGUAUGGCUCUCUCGCACGCUUCACCGACGUCAAGCGCCUCAAGCCUUUCAAUCGCAAGUCGCUCGUAGGAUUCGGCGGCGAUGUAUCGGACAUGCAGUACAUCGACCGCCUGCUCAAAUCGCUUGACGUGGAGGAGAACUACUCAUCAGGCAGCCACACGGCGGAAGAGAGCGACAACGAUCCGGCGAUGCUGAGUGCGAAGAAUCUUCACACAUAUCUCAGCAAGGUCAUGUACAAGCGGCGGAGCGACUUCAACCCGCUGUGGAAUGCCCUGUUGGUCGCCGGUCUGGACGAGAAGAACCGGCCAUUCCUUGCCUCGGCCGAUCUUCUCGGAACAACAUUCAGUGCACCAACGUUGGCGACGGGCUUCGGUGCACAUCUGGCGCAGCCGAUCCUGCGCCGCAAGGUGCCAGACGAGGCCGCCUCGCAACAGCUUGACCGGGAGACUGCGGUACAGGCCGUCAAGGACUGUAUGAAAGUCCUUUUCUACAGAGAUGCACGAAGCAUGAACGAGUACAGUAUCGCCGUCAUCGACGAGAAGGGCGUUGACCUUAAGGAGGACGAGAAGCUGGAGAACCAAAGCUGGGACUUCGCCGACAAGAUCAAAGGCUAUGGCACGCAGACAGUAUAA